GACUUGCUUAUCUUUCAUAUUAUCACCAAACAGAGUUUUGGUACAUUUUUGUAACUAGUAACGAAGUGUGCGCCUAUUUGAAAAAGCACACAUUAGUAUAUAAUCAUGACUUCUCUGGUUAAAGGUAUUUUUAUUGUUGGUGCAAAACGGACACCAUUUGGUACCUUUGGUGGAAAAUUAGCAAGAACUCAUAUCACUGAACUUCAAACGAUUGUCUCGAAGGCAGCUCUAGCAGCCGCCAAUGUGAAACCUGAAUUCGUGGACACUGUCGUGAUUGGGAAUGUCCUUCCAUCAGUAGCUCCAGAUGGCAUUUUACUUCCAAGACACGUAUUAUUGCAUUGCGGAAUCCCCAUUGAGAAGCCAGCGUUUGCAGUCAAUAGAUUGUGUGGAUCAGGAUUUCAAGCGAUUGUGAAUGGAGUCCAAGAUAUUUCUACCGGAGUUGCAGACAUCGCUCUAACAGGAGGUGUUGAAAAUAUGUCAGCAGCUCCAUAUAUGAUUAGAGACAUCAGAUUUGGUGGGAUUCCUUUGGGAAAAAGUCCUGUUCUGGAAGACGCCUUUUGGGAAAGCAGUCUUGAUACGUUCUGCGGUUUAAGAAUGCCCCUUACGGCGGAAAAACUGGGAGGACAGUACAAUCUCACUAAAGAGGAAGUGGAUCAGUUUGCCUUCAACUCCCAACAACGAUGGAAAAAAGCUCAAGAAGAGGGGAAAUUCAAAGAUGAGAUAGAACCUGUACCAGUCAAAGAGAAAAAGGAAACAAUGAAUUUCGAAAUUGAUGAGCAUCCUAGGCCGUGGACAACAAUGGAAGGACUCGGGAAACUACCAACAAUUUUCAAGGAAAAUGGACUUGUGACAGCAGGUUCUGCUUCUGGUAUUUCCGACGGUGCAGCUGCUGUUGUAUUGGCCAGUGAAGCAUCCAUAUCUAAACAUAAUCUGAAACCAUUGGCUAGAAUUGUGGCACACAGUACAGUAGGAGUUGAUCCAUCUAUAAUGGGCAUCGGACCAGCACCAGCAAUACAGAAUAUACUCAAUGCUACAGGAAAAACUUUAGAUGAUAUUGACCUGAUUGAGGUGAGUUAUAUGUCUAUGAAAAUUUCAACGCUUUUUCGAUAUGUCUAUAUUGAUUAUGCUGGUAAUUAUAGCCCCUCCUAG